AAACUUCUAUCUUCUUCUAAUUUUAAUUUACUCUAAGAAAAUGUUGUCUACACGAGCUUUGCUCAUCCAAGGCUUCUUGGUCACCAUUGUUUUAAUCUCUUCCACAGGGGAAGCUAGACAAUUGACUGAGAUUAAUGAUCAAGAUGGGGCAAAGUUUGAAUCUUUUAUCCCUGGUUUUCCGGACAUACCCGGACUUCCACCUCUACCUAACAUUCCAGGUUUCCCAGGUUUACCAUGCAUCCCAGGUAUACCAAACAUCCCGGGUAUCCCAUGCAACCCAGACAUACCAUUCCCAGGUUUCCCAUGCAUCCCGGGCAUUCCAAGCAUUCCAGGUUUUCCAUGCAAUUCAAAUUGGCCGAGUCCACCAAAUGCACCGAGUCCACCAAAUGCACCUGAAUCUCCAAGCUCACCUCCUAAAUCAUCUGAUUCACCUGCCCAAUCUCCUAGUUCUCCUCCUGAAUCCUCCUUGUUUUAAGAUGAAUUGUGGUCGCUUGUUAAGUCCCUAAGUUUACUUCUUUAAAACUAUUGAAAAAAUAAUAUGUAUUGUAGCAUUUGUGAUAUUUAUUUGAAAACAAUAACAAUAAAUUUGAAUUGGUUA